CAGCGGCGUGGUUGGUAUGGUAUUAGCGUCCUACCUCGGUGGUCGCAGGUUUGAUUCUCGGCCAUUCCAUUGAGGAGUGAGAGAUGUGCAUUUCUGGUGAUAGAAGUUCACUCUCGACGUGGUUCGGAAGUCACGUGAAGCCGUUGGUCCCGUUGCUGAAAUACUGGUUCCAAUUCCAUACAACGUAAAAGCACCAUACAGAGUCAAAGGGAACCCGCCAUGAAGUUCCUGACUGCAGAACAGAAGAAAUUUUACGACGACAAUGGAUAUAUAGUCUUGGACAUUUUGAGCGAAGCUGAGAUUGACGAGCUCGGUAGAGAAUACGAUGACAUCUUCAAGCGAAAGGCUGACAAUAAUCUUGAGGCUACCUGGCAGGGAGACUGGAACACCCAAAAGAAACAAACACAAGUGCAAUCUAUCCACGGCCUGCAAAUGCAUUCGGCAGCCUUCACCAGACUGCUGUUGCAUCCCAAAAUGCUCGAUGCCUGCGAGGAUAUAAUGGACACCGAGAACAUUCUCCUGCACCAUACCAAGGCCCACACUAAACCCCCUGGGACUGGGUCGCCUUUCCCUAUGCACCAGGAUUACCACUAUUUCCCCUUCGAGAAUGACUCCAUGAUCGCUGUCUUCGUCAGCAUGGACGCAGCUGACCCCAAGAACGGGGGCCUUUGUGUCUACCCGGGUUCUCACAAGCAGGGGCCCCAAGAGGACUGCAGCAACGCUCCAGGGUGGCACUAUUUGAGCCAAGAAAAAUUCCCCAUCAGUAAAGCAACUCCUCUCUCCUUGAAGCGCGGACAGAUCGUGGUGUUUUCCUAUUUGCUGAUUCACGGGUCAUACGACAACACGAGCGACCGCGUCCGUCGGAUGUUCCUGAUCCAGCUGAUGUCCGCCGACGACACUCCUCUGGCAAAAGUGCACCAAUCGGACUGCCAAAGGAUGGUCUUACGGGGAAAGUGCAUCUCCAGGGACGCCGACAUCAAGAAACGCCACAAAGAGUUCACAGAGAUGGAGAGAGCGUCAGGAGCAUAUUAGUUAUGCGUUUGUUGGGAGACAUUUUUGUUUAUAGGCUCUUUUUGGUGUUCAUAAAAGACACGAUCAUCUCUUUUUCGAAAGCUUUGAUUCGUGAGAACAAAUGAUUCGAAACACAUGAUGCUUUUCCUGAAUGUACUUACUUUCAUGUUCAAUUUUAGGGGAGAAAAGACAGGAAUAAAUAUCUAUUUGUAAUUUUUUAGCCACGGUUAGUUUUUACUUCUGACGGUCCAACACACACACACACACACACACACACACACACACACACACACACACAUA